AGUCAUUGUUGGAAAGGAUUCAAAUACACAAAAAUGCUAAAAAUAAAUAAAUAAAUAAAAACAGAAUUUGUGGGACCUUAAGGAUUUUUCUGAAGAACAGUGAGCAGUUUAACUGUUCAGGACAAACAAUGGACUCAUGAACAACUAUCACUAAAAAAACACAGCUGUGGAUCAUUAACAAUACAAUAUUAUUGUGUAACAACACAACACCAUAAUAUUAAGAACAACACAAUAUUAAGAAUCAAGUAUGCAAACUUUUAAACAAGGUAAUUUUUAUAAAUGUAACUAUUAUUUUCUCUUGUGGUCUAUGUAAACAUCUUUUAUGUGAAAUAUCUUAUUCAGGUCAGUGCUAAAUAAAAAAUAAUAUGCAUUUUGUAUGAUCACUCUUAUUUUAGUAAAAUAAUUAACAUUUUGCGGAUUCUGCAAGGUGUAUGUAAACUUUUGACUUCAACCGUACAUUUUUAGAUUUUAAUAAAAUUAAUAUUUAAAAUUAAUAAAUAAAAUUAUUAAUUGACAAUACCAUUUAUAUGAUGGCUACUGCUAAAUCUUGAGGAUUUUAAACAUGUUUCAGUCUGCUGAAUUGCUGGCAUUCAUGAGGGACCAUAUGUUCUCAAUAUGGCACAUUAACUGCAAAGACUGACUUGUAAUAUUAGUGCUAUUAUGCAAACGUGCUGCAUUCUGUCUGUCAGCAAGCAGUGUGAUUUUUCAUGUACAGAUGGGAGAAGUGAGCCUACCGUUCUGGAAAUUUUCUCUGCUUUUGGCAUUCUGACAGAACAUACCAUUUCAAAAUGGCAAAUCAGGAAAAAAUACAGUGUGCCACCACUAUUAUAUAAGGGUCAUCAAGACAGUCAUCACCAUCAAGGGCACAUUAUAAUAAGGCAUUUAGUCGUCAUCAUCAUCAUCAUCUCCUCUCAGGGUCUUUAUCAUAGUUGUCAUCAUCAUCAUCAUCAUCUCCCCCUCAUCAUCAUCAUCAUCAUCAUCAUCAGCAGGACCAUUAUAGUCAUCAUCAUUAUCAUUAGGCUGGGUAAUCAUCCACCUGGGGUUUCUGAAAUGGGCGAUAUAAAGGCCCGUUCAGACUUCAGACUCACACAUUUCUACAUAUUGCAUGUGCACGAGGACCUUGCAGAGAAAACCAACGUUUCACGGAAAGACAGUGAGCAGAAACACUGUAGCCUUGUGCUUUGUUGGAGUACCACCUUUUAUUUGUUGCUAGCAGAGUUUACUUAACGUUUGUCCACUGGCUUAGUGGCUGACAUCAGUCUGCCUGGCUUCCCCCUGGGAGACGAGGAGAGCUCCCCCUUCAGCCGCCUCAGUAUGGAGAGUGACGCUGACGACCUGCGCGCGACCGAAAGCGAGCGUGAAGAGAGGGUUUCUGAGUCUGCCUUUCCCUCUUACCUCUCUUGCAGGGGUUGUGGACAGCUCCUGGAAGACCCCCUGGGACCCGGCAUGGACUUGGUGGGGCCCUUUUGCAUGCGCUGCUGCAAAGGGAAUGCGGAUGGCGUUGUGGACAGGAAGCUCUGCUCGGGCUUAGGCUUGCAAGCGGAGCCUAGAGGGGGAGGGAAUGAGGGCGCUGGUGGCGAGGAUGGUUCCCUAAAGCUCCACUCGUGCACGCUCUGCGGUUUCACGUCACGCUACACUAACCACGUUAAGAGGCACAUGAAGACGCACAACGGCGAAAAGCCGUACGGAUGUCCGCUGUGCUCCUAUGCGUCGGCACAGCUAGUGAACCUGCAAAGACACUUGCGCAUACACACUGGGGAAAAGCCCUAUAAGUGCAACCAUUGCACGUUUGCUUGCAGUUCCUUAGGGAACCUGAAGAGGCACCAGCGUAUGCAUGCAGCUGCAAGCCCGGGUCAGAGUGCCCCUCAGCCAGUAAAUGGCAAUGGUUUAAACCACACUACUGCAGGUCAGAAGGAAAGGGAAGCAGCUCCUACCCCUACCGAAGUUGCAGGUGCUGCCCCGCGACCCCAUGUGGGAAGGGAUGGGAACUACUUGCACAAUCUUGAUGGCCUCAGGCUUGCGCAGCAGUCAUCACCAGGGGUGUUGCAGUCAGGACAGACUGCGUCUGGACCUGCCCCCUUACCCCCUAUGUUCUUCCCCUUCACCUGUCGGCUGUGCGGUAUGGCCCUUGAUGACGAGGAUGGAUCCUCAGCUCAGAUAUGCGCAAAGUGCACCCUAGAAAUGCUAACUAAGGACACACCCGGAUGCCCCGCUGAGCGAGGGGACAAGGUCUACACCUGUGCCGCCUGCCCUUUCCUCACCCAUUACCCGAACCACCUGGCCCGGCACAUGAAGACCCACAGUGGAGAGAAGCCAUACAAGUGUCCGCAGUGCGAUUAUGCCUCCGCCCACUUCGACAACCUCAAGCGGCACCAUCGAGUACACACUGGCGAGAAACCCUACAAGUGCCACUUGUGUGACUAUGCCUGCGGCAACCUGGCUAAUCUCAAGAGGCACCAGCGGGUACAUUCGGGGGCCAAACCUUUUCAGUGCGCAAUCUGCAACUACAGCUGCAACCAGAGUAUGAACCUGAAGCGGCACAUGUUGCGCCACACGGGCGAAAAGCCCCAUAAGUGCCAAGAGUGUGGCUACACCACUGGCCACUGGGACAACUACAAACGACAUCAGAAGAAGCACAGCCUGACUACAGAUGGCUGGGUUAAAGUGCAGAUGCCUGGAAAUGAGGAAGAGGUGGAGGACGAGGAAGAGGUGUAGCCUCUUAUUGCAAGACAGCUGUCCAUAUGAGAUUUUACAGUUACAGAAGUGUUUUGUUGGUUGUUCUUCUUUUUCUUUGUUCCCAGAGUUAUUUUGAAAGUAUUAUUUUAGACAUUUCUUGAAAUUGUCCACGAGCUGCUACAUGAAGUCAUGCACAAAUUAAAAGACAGUUACAUGAAUGUCCUAAUACAGGGGUUGUCCAGGUCUGCUCCUGGAGGGCCAACCUUCCUCUAGACCAUGGGUCUCCGAACUUGGUCCUAGGAGGGUCGGUGUCCUGCAGAGUUUAGCUCCAACACCUGCCUGGAAGUUUCUAGCAUGCCUAGUAAGACUGUGAUUAGCUAGUUUAAAUCCAGCUUGCUUUAAUACACCUGCCGGUAAGUUUCUAGUAUGCCUAGUAAAAGCUUGAUUAGCUGGUUCAGGUGUGUUUAAAUUGGGGUUGGAGCUAAACUCUGCAGGACUGAGUUUGGGCAGCCCUUCUCUAAAUAAACGCACCUUAAAUGGCUAAUCAGAGCCUUUAGGAUUGCUUGAAACUUUCUGCCAGAUUUGUGGGAGAUGGUUGGCAAUGAACUAUGUAGGAGCAGGUCCUCUAGGAGCGGGUUUGGACACUCCUGAUUAAUGCCUUUGAACAAGGCAGUUUGUGUUACACAAAGCUCUCUAAGAGCGUUCUGAGCCUGAUUGUGGUUCAUUUAUCAGUGCCAAACAGACACUACUGCACCACUGCCAUAGGAAGUACCUCUUUAGGCCUGGAGCUACAUUGCAUGCACUUAAGUUUACCUUGGUUGGCUCUUUUGAGGUUUUAUGUGAUUGAUCAUUUGUCCGUCAAAGAUAUUCUCAACCCUACUGAUGAAAAUGUCUUUACAGAUGAGCAUUAUGUUGUCAUCUUUGAUCAUUUCAAUAAUUCUGGGGGGUUGUGUUGCCUUUUAUUGUUGUGUGUAUCUUUUUGACUGUGUAAAAUGCCAUUUGUCUGAGUUUACUUGAAGCAAAAUGGUGCAUAGUGGGUAUUCGUGUGAUGCUGAACAUAGAGCUUUUAUUUUUGUAUGUGAUUUUAUUUUUUAUCUCUGAGGAAUGUUUGGCAUGUAUUUGCCACCCGUGGCAUUGUUAGCUAUACUGAAGGACGAGAGUUACCGUAAACACUAAUAUGCAUUUAAACCUUCAGGUUGCCAAAAACGACUGAACAUUGACAAAAUCUUGUAGGUGUGUGGUGCUUGAGUGUUUUCUUGUUAUUAUGCAGUGGUUUCAUUAAUGCCUUAAAUAUCCUUAAAUAAAAGAGUUCGUGUUGAAACUUCCUGGCCUCUUUUGCC